CUGGACCCAAGCUGGUUAAUUUUCUGCUUAAAAAUCAUAAAAAUUACGAAACAAAAGGCGCGUAUUUAAACGGGUCAAUAAUUGACCCUCCAUUUCUUCCAAAGACACAAACAGAAGCUAAACCUCGUCAAUUGACAGAGAGACGUUCCAGACCAGGAAAUUCCCAAACCCGAGAGCCACCAGAUCCACCGUCACUCAUGGCCGUCUGCACUUGUCCUCCUAGGGUUUUCACCUCCUCCCAACCCGGCCCCCGCCCACGACUCGCGGGUCGGGUCGACGCCACGGCUCCGUUUCACGGCCUCUCCUCUCUCAUUCUUAGGUUUCCUCCCAACUUCGUCCGCCAGCUCAGCACCAAGGCCCGGAGGAACUGCAGCAACAUCGGCGUCGCACAGAUCGUCGCCGCUUCGUGGUCGAACAACAACUCCAACUCAGGCAUUCCGGCGGCGCCGUCGGCUACUGCCGUCGAUGCCGCUGCUACCGCCGCCAUUCCAGUCGAUCCGGCCAAGCUUUCGGCCGGUGGUGACGAGGUGGUGUUUGAAAAUGAUGUACAGUUGGAGGCCUUGCCUGAUUUGAAGGAGGCCUCGUUCUUGAGCUCCGAUGGGAGUCUCGCGAUUCAUGCUGGUGAAAGAUUGGGUCGCGGCAUAGUUACUGAUGCAAUUACAACCCCAGUGGUUAAUACUUCUGCCUACUUCUUUAAGAAAACGGCUGACCUCAUUGAUUUCAAGGAGAAACGUGCAACAAGUUUUGAAUAUGGGCGAUAUGGAAAUCCAACGACAGUGGUUGUUGAGGAGAAGAUCAGUGCGCUUGAGGGAGCGGAGUCAACAAUGAUAUUGGCAUCUGGAAUGUGUGCUAGCACAGUCAUGUUGAUGGCAUUGGUUCCAGCUGGUGGGCAUAUCGUGACCACCACAGAUUGCUAUAGGAAGACUAGGAUAUUUAUCGAGACCAUUCUUCCCAAAAUGGGGAUCACGGCCACGAUCAUUGACCCUGCUGAUGUGGGAGCCCUGGAGUCUGCAUUGAAUGAGCACAAAGUUUCUCUUUUCUUCACAGAGUCUCCUACUAAUCCAUUCCUCAGGUGUGUUGACAUUAAGUUGGUUUCAGAACUUUGUCAUAAAAAAGGGGCUUUGGUCUGUAUAGAUGGCACUUUUGCCACACCUCUCAACCAGAAAGCCCUUGCCCUUGGGGCUGAUCUUGUUGUGCAUUCUGCAACAAAAUAUAUUGGUGGCCACAAUGAUGUCCUUGCCGGUUGCAUUAGCGGUUCCUUGAAAUUGGUUUCAGAAAUUCGUACUUUGCAUCAUAUUUUGGGUGGUGCUCUCAACCCGAAUGCUGCAUACCUGAUCAUUCGAGGCAUGAAGACAUUGCAUCUUCGUGUACAGCAACAGAAUUCAACAGCAUCAAGGAUGGCCAAAAUUUUAGAAGCACAUCCUAAGGUGGCGCGUGUCUAUUAUCCUGGCUUGUCGAGUCAUCCUGAACAUCAGCUUGCCAAGAGGCAGAUGACCGGUUUUGGUGGUGUUGUCAGUUUUGAGAUUGAUGGAGACUUGAUGACAACCAUUAAAUUCGUGGAUGCACUGAGAAUCCCAUAUAUUGCCCCAUCCUUUGGUGGUUGUGAGAGCAUUGUGGAUCAGCCAGCCAUAAUGUCUUACUGGGAUCUCAGCCAGUCAGAGAGGAUUACGUACGGGAUCAAGGAUAACUUGGUCCGGUUCAGCUUCGGAGUCGAAGACUUUGAAGAUUUGAAGGCUGACAUACUGCAGGCCCUGGAGACCAUAUAGAGCAAGCCCCACCUAAUAUGCGGUUUACUGUUUAGUUUAUCUUUCUCAAUUGUGUUGGCGCUUCAAUUGGUUUUGAUCACCAUUUGCCCUUUUCUGGUCCAGUUUCUGGGAUGGGCGGACCCAAAACUCUGUCUAAUUUUAUUUUCCGACUGCUCUUUUGAUUUCCUCAUCAUUCCAAUAUAGACGGUGCUGGCUUUGUUUUCUAGUGUUUUAGAAUGCUUCGAGUUUAAUGAGAAUUUAGAACGACGGAAAUGUUUUGCAGUGAAUAUAAUAUGAACCAAAUGGAUAUGAGUUAUAAAGCUCCCAAAUUUUCAGGAGUCA